AUGUCAAUUGAAUUGGAGUCUGCCGAUGUUGUACGUCUUAUUGAGCAAUACUUAAAAGAAAACAACUUGUUGCGCACAUUACAAGUGCUUCAGGAGGAAACCGGGGUCUCACUCAAUACUGUUGAUUCGGUUGAAAGCUUCAUGAGUGAAAUUACCAGCGGUCAUUGGGAUACUGUCCUGAAAGUUGUACAGAACUUAAAACUUUCUGACCAUAAGCUCAUGGACUUGUAUGAACAGAUUGUCAUUGAAUUGAUUGAACUUCGGGAGUUAGGAGCAGCACGGACACUUCUACGUCAGACUGACCCAAUGAUGUUGCUUAAACAAAAUCAUGCAGAUCGGUAUUUGCAUCUAGAAAAUUUGCUUGCACGGUCGUACUUCGAUCCUCGCGAGGCCUAUGAUGAAGGUCAGUCAAGAGAGAAACGUCGCCAGGCAAUUGCCACGGCAUUAUCCGGAGAGGUCAGUGUUGUUCCCCCCUCAAGAUUGCUAGCUCUUUUGAGUCAAGCUCUUAAAUGGCAACAGCACCAAGGUCUCCUCCCUCCUGGCACAGCAAUUGACGUUUUUCGGGGCAAGGCUGCGGUUCGAGAACAGGAGGAGGAAAAGCCCCCUACACAGCUCUCAGCAACAAUAAGGCUCGGACAAAAAUCGCAUGUUGAAUGUGCGAAGUUCAGCCCAGAUGGACAGUACCUAGUCACUGGCUCAGUUGACGGCUUUAUUGAGGUUUGGAAUUUCAUCACAGGGAAGUUAAGAAAAGACCUCAAAUACCAAGCCCUGGAGAAUUUUAUGAUGAUGGAUGAGGCUGUGCUUUGUCUGGCCUUCAGCAGAGACUCCGAGCUUCUGGUAUCCGGUUCCUCUGACGGCAAAAUUAAAGUCUGGCGCAUCCAAUCUGGCGUGUGUCUUCGGCGCUUCGAAAAGGCCCACACUAAAGGCGUUACUGCAGCCCAUCUUUCCAAGGACAAUGUCCACCUCCUUACUGCUGGCUAUGACCAUUUGAUCAGGAUUCACGGCAUGAAGUCGGGAAAUCUGCUGAAGGAGUUUGUAGGCCACACGGGAUUCGUCAAUGAUGUUGCCUUUAGUCUUGAUGGACACCACGUCCUCAGUGGCAGCUCCGACGGUUCUGUUCGUAUUUGGUCGACUCGUACAGCAGAAUGCAUCAGUAAUUUCAAGACCAUUUCGGGCCUCGUCGGACGUGAGGUGCCGAUAUUGAGUGUACAGCCGAUGCCGCGCAAUGCAGACCAGUUCAUCGUUUGCAGUCGCUCCAACACCGUCGCGAUUAUGAAUAUGCAAGGCCAGGUCAUUCGAAGCUGCACCAAUGGCAAGCGAGAAGGGGGCGACUUUGUGGGACUCACGGUGAGCUCCAGGGGUGAGUGGAUUUACGCUGUCUGUGAGGACAGGCUACUUUACUGUUUCAAUGUCAGCAGCGGUGGGAAACUCGAGAGGACUCUACCGGUUCAUGAAAAAGAGAUUCUGGGUGUUGCACAUCAUCCCCAUCAAAACCUCAUAGCCACCUUCUCUGAAGACGGACUUCUGCGUCUUUGGAAACCGUGA